UUACUAUAUAUGGGCAAAGCCAGGCUGAGCGAGGGCUGCAUUCGCUUCCGUGUUUGUGUGAUCGGGGAGUGCACAGCCGGGGGAGCUUCACUGUCUCCACUGUUUCAUUCAUUUGGAAGAGUAACGUUAAGCAAGAGACCAGCAGGGAAAAUGCCGCAUGAACUGAAACAUGUGUUCGCCAGUCUCCCACAGAUGGAGAGGGGAGUUUCAAAAGUGAUUGGUGGUGAUCCCAAAGGCAACAACUUCCUGUAUACCAAUGGAAAGUGUGUCAUCAUCAGGAACAUUGAAAACCCCGCUAUCGCAGACAUUUACACUGAACAUGCCCAUCAAGUUACUGUUGCCAAGUAUGCCCCCAGUGGAUUCUACAUUGCAUCUGGAGAUGCAUCCGGAAAGAUCCGUAUCUGGGACACCACCCAGAAGGAGCACCUGCUCAAGUAUGAGUACACUCCUAUUUCAGGCAAGAUCAAGGACAUCGCAUGGACAGAGGACAGCAAGAGGAUUGCUGUUGUUGGGGACGGACGAGAGAAGUUUGGGGCAGUGUUCCUGUGGGACUCUGGAUCCUCAGUGGGGGAAGUUUCUGGCCACUCCAAAUUAAUCAACAGUGUAGACAUAAGGCAGAAACGCCCUUACCGCCUUGCCACUGCCAGCGAUGACACCUGCGGUUCCUUCUUCGAGGGGCCUCCCUUCAAAUUCAAGUUCACAUUGCGUGACCACAGCCAGUUUGUCAACUGUGUCCGUUUCUCUCCGGAUGGAAGUCGGUUUGUCACAGCUGGUGCUGACGGCCAGAUUUUCAUCUAUGAUGGAACAAAUGGUGAGCGUGUUUGCUCUCUGGGUGGAGAGAAGGCCCACAAAGGAGGAAUCUACGCAGUCAGCUGGAGUCCUGACAGCUCCCAACUGAUUUCUGCCUCAGGGGACAAGACCGUGAAGCUCUGGGAUGUUGGUGCAGGUACGGCUGUCACCACGUUCAACAUGGGCACUGAUGUGCUCGACCAGCAGCUGGGCUGCCUGUGGCAGAAAGACCACCUCCUCAGCAUCUCCUUGUCAGGAUACAUCAACUACCUGGACAAGAACAACCCUGACCGGCCCAUACGCACCGUCAAGGGUCACAGCAAAUCCAUCCAGUGUCUGACAGUUCACAAAAAUGAAGGCCGAUCAUACAUCUACUCGGGGAGUCAUGAUGGACACAUCAAUUACUGGGAUGCGGAAACUGGGGAGAACGACUGCUUCUCCGGGAAGGGCCACAGCAACCAGGUGAGCAAGAUGGUGGUUGAUGAAGCCAACGAGCUGGUGACAUGCAGCAUGGAUGAUACACUGCGCUACACCAACAUCAACAAGAAGGAGUACAGUGCUUCUGAUCUGGUGAAGAUGGAUUUCCAGCCCAAAAGUGUGUCAGCAGCAACAGGAGGGCUGUCACUGGCUGUUUGCAUUGGGCAGAUUGUCUUGCUGAAGGAUAAGAAGAAAGUCUUCACAUUGGACAAUCUCGACUAUGAAGCAGAGGUGGGAGUCAUCCACCCUGGUGGCACCACUGCUGCCGUGGGGGGAACAGAUGGGAAAAUCCGUUUGUACGCCAUUCAGGGCACCACUCUGAAGGACGAGGGUAAAACAAUCGAGGCUAAAGGGCCAAUCACAGACAUGGCCUACUCCAAUGAUGGAGCCUAUCUGGCUGCAAUUGACGAAAAGAAAGUUGCCACAGUCUAUAGUGUGGCAGACGGCCACUCGGUCAAACAGGAGUUUUAUGGACACCAUGCCAAGCCAGUGACCUUGGCCUGGUCACCUGAUAAUGAGCACUUUGCAACUGGUGGGAUGGACAUGAUGGUGUACAUCUGGACGGUUGCUGAUGCAGACCAGAGGAUCAAGCUCCCAGACUCUCACCGGUUGCACCAUGUUAGCGGUCUGGCCUGGAUAGAUGAACACACUCUAGUCACUGCCUCCCACGAUGCCAGCAUCAAGCAGUGGACUAUUACAUACUGAGCUGCAAGCAGACAAACAUCCACAUCUCCAGGGACAAGGAGGACUACUGUAGAAUUCAAUCAUUUUUUUUUUUCCUUCUCUUCUUUUUUUUUUUAACUGUAUUUUCACUAUCUCAACGGUGUUCUAUGCUGUCUGUAAACAUCUGAAUUGUAAAUGGUUAUGGAUAGGGAAAAGACUUCCAUUAAAGUUAUCCAAGAUAAUGUAUCUCUGAUGCAAGUAACCCUACACUGAGAUGAAAUAUACAAUGUAACCAUGAGUGCUUUUACAUCUCUUUAAGCGUUAUGGACCCAGAAAAUUAUAUGUAAGCUCAACAUUCCAUAGGUAAUAGCCUUCACUCAGUUUAAACUGAAAUCCUUGUCUGUGGUUGGGCUCAAUGCAUCCUAACUAAACGGAUGAACCAAAAGUGACUUGUCUUUUUGACAAAAAAAAAAAAAAAAAAAAAAAAGCGUUUAAAAGAAAUGAAACCUUUUGGUUACAUUCCUGAAAAGAGAAGUAACUGGUCCUAACUGCAGUUGCCUGUCACUUGUUAUUUUCAUGGUUUUAAAGGGGGUGGGUGUUGUUGCUUUUUGCUUUGUCCUAAGUUUCAUUCUUUUUUUGUGACUCAUUACUCUUCUUGUUGGACUGUGGAGCAAUAAUAGGGACUGAAAGAACAAAGUAUGUAUACAAUCAAGAUGCUGUCUGUUCAGUUGAAGGUCCUGUGUUGUUGCUGUGUUUUUGUUUGGGCCCACUAUGCUUGUCUCACAUUUUUUUUCCAUAUCUUUAUGCAUCUGCUUCCAAAGUGGAAGUGACUCAUUAAUAAUGAUGAUAAUAAUAAUAAAACACUUUUUAUGCA